GUGCAAUUCAUCUCACCCUUGCACACGCCCAAAAUCGUUGCGAGCCUCAUCAGAGCGAGUCAAGCUCACGUGGUUCUUCAUCAUAGUAUGGACUCCGGCUGGAUCAAGGAGGUCGAGGCUAUGACCCGAGAAUCAGGUAAGCCGUUGGAAUUCAGAGAGCUGUCUUCAAACCAGCUCCUCGUCCCGAUUGUGGAGCACUUCAGAACUGAUGCUCUGAUCAUCUCUGACACUGGCAGAAACGAAGACCAGGAGCCCUAGCGUCAUCGGUCCGAUGUUGCACGCGGUCAAGCCUCAACCAUUCGUAUAUCUGCACACCUUCGGCAGCACAGCCAACCCGAAGCUGUAUCCCAUCGACUACCAAGCUGCCAAUAUGAGCGCAAAGGAUGCUGCCUUCUGGUGUCAUCAGCAGCCCGUAGAAAAGCGAUGGAAGUGCCAGAUGCAGACCAGCCUGCCCUUCCACUUAUCUUUCCAGAACCCAGUCUGGCGAUCUCUGAUGUGUGGCACUGCCUGUGCGUUUCCCGUGUUAGGCGCUUCGUUCACUACAAUCCCGAUGGCGAAAUUGGUGCCAGAUCCUCCAGAACUUCUUGACUCUCUCUACCUUUCCAAAGCCGACAUAGUCUAUGCUAGCCCUGACCUACUACAGGCCAUGCUUGAAAAGGCUGCGUCGCAUAAUUCGAAGGAGAUCUGGCGAGAGGCAGUCAGGAAUCUCAAGGAGGCCCACACGGGAGGAGCACCCGUCAGCGUCGAAAAAGCAGACUGCUUCGAGCGGCACGGCUUGUCGGUACUGCAAGUCUUCGCGCUCACAGAAGCUGGCUUGCUCUUUCAAGGCCGAAAGGAGCACACCGGCCACCUCACUUGGCUCAAGCCCUUGCCCAGUAAGAAAACUCACAUGCUCUUUCGACAGACGGCGGCAGACCCCGAGCUUUACCAGCUCUGGCUUCGAUCGGACUUUCCCGGUCUGCGCUGUCCCUCCGACAAGAUCGUGCCAUACCCAGAGGACCCGAAGAUUCUUGCUUGGAAUACUCUCGACACCUUUCGCAAGCUGCCCACUAUGGGUGAGCACGAUGAUCUUGUGACCUUUGCCGGAAGGGAAGACGACUGGCUUCGCUGCACUCACGGUACGGCAGUAAGAGCACUGGAGCUGGAGGAUUUCCUCCUGGAGGCUUUGCGAGACGUGCUCGGCUUCGAUAGGGUUCGAGCGCUCACCGUUAUCGGCCACGGUCGAUAUGCCUUGGGCAUAGUCCUUCAAGGCAACACAUUGGGUCGGGUUCCCGAAGACAGAGAGGUAGAGGCAUUCGAAAGGGUCUGGCACUUUGCUAGUAAGAAGCUGCUCCAGAAUCCCGAACAGGUCAGAUAUCUCAUUCGCACCGACUUGACGAGUCCGAUUCAAAUGACAUUGAAGGGGAAUCCUUUGCGGGGGCAUAAUGAGAUCAGGUUUGGCCCGAAGCUGGUCCAAUUGAUAAAAGACGCGGAGGCGAAGGCUUCCACGUCAGAGAAGGAACCUUAGCGCGACCUUUCACUCUAGCACUGUAAUUAUUUCCGUCUUGGUUCAUGGAGUACCCUAGCAGAUGAGUCUUGUCGACAAUUGUAUUCAUCUAACAGUCUAUACGCGUCGCUUGUGAAAAGCUGAGCCAUCGCUCCUGUGUAAAGCGAGGGUUGAGGCGCGAUAGCCAGGCGUAAGAGUAUGCAU